GUCUCAUUAUUUAUUUCGGUUUAUUUUAUUUACUGACUUUUUGUAUUAUUUUUCAAUAUCAUGGAACUGUAUGCGAUAAUAUUACUUCUAUUUAGCAUAACAUUUUUAAUAAGAAUCCUAUGGGUUGUUUGUAAGGUACUACGAUCUGAGUGCAACUUAGCAAUACAGGAACCAUCAUUAAAAACUGUUAUUUGUAUUGGAUCAGGUGGUCAUACUACAGAAAUGCUAAGAUUAAUAGCUAACCUAAACAAGAAUAAGUUUCUACCGCGUUUGUACAUUUUGGCCGAUAGUGACGUGAGCAGUGAAAUUAAAAUACACGAAACAGAAAAGGGGACUACAGGUUAUACAUUAAGCCGGAUACCAAGAAGUAGAAAAGUAAAGCAAACAUACUUAUCUUCUGUGUUUAGUACAUUACAUGCAACAUUAUGCACUGUACCAGUUAUUUAUAAAUUUAAACCUGAUGUCAUUUUAUGUAAUGGACCAGGAACUUGCAUACCAGUUUGUGCUGUUGCCUUUUUGUUGAGAUGCUUGUUCUUAUUAGAUUGUAGAAUUGUCUUCAUUGAGAGUAUAUGUCGCGUGAGAACAUUGUCAUUGUCAGGAAAAAUCCUUCAAUAUUUUGCAGACAUAUUCAUUGUACAAUGGCCACAAUUGCGAGAUUUUUGUUAUAGAGCUAAAUAUUUUGGUAGAUUAACAUAAGAUUAAGUGGAAUUUGUGUACAUGACUGUUUUGUUCUGUUAAUAUAAAUAAAACACUGCAAAAUCAGAAAAAGAAUAUGUAAUUUAUGUUUUAGUGAAGUAAGCAAUUAAUCAGAACUUAAAAUAUAAAAUCAAUUAAUUUCUUGACUAGAUAAAUGCAAUGCAGUAAUUCAAACAAUCAAUAUUUCAAGUUAACAAAUCUAAACUGAUGUAAAAAAUAUUGCUUGCAUCACUGUAUUUCAUCUGUCUGUAUAUUUUAUUUUUUUAAGGUGUCACCACACAAUAUAGAAAAAAAAUAGCCUCAUAACAAAAAAGUUAAUUG